AUGGACCAGACAGCUGCCAAUAUCGAUCUCGAGAACGCAAUUGGAAUCUCGGGAGAGCCACCCUGCUCACCGAAUUCACAGUCGACAUGGCAAAUGCAAAGCCAAAGACGACAAUCUGGGAUUACGAGGCUCUUGAAUGCUAUUACUCCGAGACAUUUCCAGGGUUCCUCCUCUGAGCCCUUUCGAACCAUCAUCCGGAAGUUGGAGCGCUGUGAAGAUGGAUAUCCAUACUUGGCAACAUUCAUGGACAGUGAUGAAAAUUUCAUGAUCUACCGUAGAUUUGGAUUUGUCCACGCCCGACUUCUGCUUCAAAAACAAGACGAGCUUCGCAUCAUGGAAGAAGAAUUGGACCGAAUGGACAAACGAGACUUAACCACCAAUCCAAAAACAUUGCAAUGUAGGAUGGAAGAUGUCGAACGACAGGACCAGCUUCCAGAAACGAGACAAGCUCUGCUUGCACGCCUGGAAGCCACUGUUUUGAGUUAUGAUCAGCUGCUACUUAAUGCACAACAGCUCGCAGCUGCAAAUCGCCCCCCAGCGCGCGACUAUAAUAGCGUGGCAAACUUUGUACGUCACAAGAAGCCACUCAUGGAAGGGGAUGAUGACUUCAUCUAUAACAAAGAAGACCUGAUCACGCUCCGGCCUGGACGAGAGAGUGCUUGGCUCGACGCAGCUGUGGAGAAGAUCCUGAAGCUGUUUCCCCGCACUGCGGUGAAGUAUGUGUUCUGCUCGAAGGAAACCGCAGCCAAAACCACAGAUGAAGAUCUGUUUCUUCCUACAAAAAGACGUGUGGACCGGCUAGUGAGCUGCAUCAUCAUGGCCAUGGUCCUCGCACUAUUGGUUUUGCCCGUCUACGCGUUGUACCAUGUGGGUUCGUCGUUUAGUCAAUCGAAUGCGAAUACGUCGAAUGCCAUCUGUAUGGGGAUAUUGUUAGUUGCUACCUUGCUGUUUUCUGCGGCACUUGCGCUGUUCACUAAGGCGAAGAGACACGAGCUGCUUGGUGCGGCUGCUGGGUGA